AUGUCUUCAUCAAUCCACGGAGACCCGGAUCAUGACCAUCACUUCGAUGCCUUGGUCUCGUCGUUGAUUCCUAUGGUGGACAACGUUCUCAACGAGACGUGGGCUUUUGUAAUGGGCAACAAUACGGCAGGCAGAGAUGCUGAAUUCUCAGCUAAGGCCGCAGAGUUCUCACCCCAGCUCACGGAAAUCAGCCUUCGUUUGAGCGACAUCAAGGCCAAAAUGGACACAGAACGCAACCUUGAAUCCCACAUUCGCCUGGUUUGCAAGGACAUCACAGAUCAUCGUGAUAGUCUCAUGACUUUGCUCCAAAGUCGUGAAUGUGCCGACGCACUCGAGGACGCUUGCCUUGCUGGUGACUUGGACUACGCCAUCCAAGUAGACUUGCAGGCCAAGGCGGUCCGUAGGUGCUGUCGGCUGUCGGCAUUUGAUGAGUUGAUGUACAGGGUGCACCUCGUGGACAGUCUUGGGAGGAUGAAAACCUACAUCAGACAAUACACCCAAGCCAUACUCGAGCUGAUUCUCUUGAACGACAAGCUUCAUAAUGGAAAACUGGUAUCACUAAAACGCCAGCAGCAAGAUCUGAACAUGCUCUUGCACGGAGCUGCGGAUACCUUGAGGAGAGCUUGA